AUGGGGAGAAUACGAGGCUCUCCGUGGCCUGGGCUCCUCAUGCUUUUCUUCGUCGGGCUCGCUUCGAGUCAGCGAAUUUUUCUCAACUCUCCCGACUCAUUCGUCGUUUUCGAGAACCCAGAUUUGCUAAUUGGAGAAGAGCAAGAGGUCCUAUUGGUGGUAAAAGUCAAGCCACAAACAUUCACCGGAACACUUUUCAGUCUAAAAGGCAUUCUAAACGGCACAGAGAACGUUCGGUUAAACAUCUCAUUGAUCAAUGGUUUCAUGGAAGUCGACCUUUUUGACAAGAUUGGGCAUAAAAUCUUGAAAAAACCUUUUUCACAAACGAUGUUGAACACCUCGAUGGAAGCGCAGAUAAACCUCAAGAUCGAUUUCAACAAGGGUACUCUAGUGUUCAGGGUGGAUUCCCGGGGCGAGGUCUCUCACGAGAUUUCCCAGCAGAUACCAAUUGAGGGCACCAUGUUGACAAUGGUUUUCGGAUCGCAAACUUCAAAAUCGAUUAUCGGCUGCAUGGAGUUGGUCGUUUUGUCGACAAAAAACAAUAAUCUGGAAGACGGGAAAACGAAGAAAAUUGCGGAAAAUGAUGUCUCCGAGUGCGGGAUCGAGGGACGGUGCCAGAAUUUCGAUUGUGGACAGGGACGCUGUCUCGAUCUCGAGGUGCCCACGUGCGACUGUUCGACCACCGGGAAAUCAGGACCAAAUUGCAAAAGCGAACCACCAACGAUUUUCGUCGACUCCGAGAAAGAUCAAGGGGUUUGGUACUCACCUCUCACUGACGAUCAAAAGCCGAAGAAAAUCGGGAUGCAAUUCAAGUUCGACCCGAGCAAGGAAGUAGAAGGAGUCCUACUGGCUGCAAAUCUCUCAACAAGCGGAGCGAUGCGUCUCUUCGUCGUCGGCACAAAAGGAAGUCUGGAAAUGGGCACGCUAGCCUCGCUGAAUUUCACGCUGGAUGACAUAAAAGGCUUCCACUCUCUACUAAUCAAUCUGGAUUUUUCAAAGAAUCAUCUCAAGCUGACCGCCGAUAAUCGGGCGCCAAUUGAAUUGGAGUGGAAAGAUGCGACUGAGGGAAUUGCGUUCAAGCAAAUUGCUUUCGGUCAAUCGGUGAAUCAGGCGCCGGCUAGGGAUCUCGGAUUCACCGGUUGUUUGCGUCACGUUUUCGUCGAUCAUUUAGACAUUCUGGAUCGAUUGAGCCUCAACGAUCCAAGGAUCUCCAGCUAUCAGCCGAUCGUCUCCUGCGAGCAGAAGAUUCUCAUGGGAUCGAUUGGUUUUUGGCCUCAAAUUGUUGGUGAGAUGAAAAACGGGGAAAAGGAAAAGGAAAAGGAGAAGGCUUUAAUUGUCACAAGAACCACUGAAUCACUUGUCGUUUUUUCGGAAAAAGAUCCAAAUUUUGCCGACAUUUUCCCGUAUGGACCGAAACAGAAAAAGCCACAAACAAAAAAGUCGGAUUGUGAGAAUGCGGAUGCGACGCGAUGCCGAAGCGGUUCGAAAUGCGUCCGAGAGCAAGGAGUGCCCAAGUGUGAAUGCCUGCCGAACAACAUUGGACACUUUUGUCAAUUCUCUACACUGCCGAGAACUUGCGCAGAGGCGGCUCGUUUGGGGCUCCCGCGCGGGGCUACGAGGCUCGAUUUGGAUGGCUCUGGACCGUUAGACGUUUCCGUGGCAAAUUGUGUUGAUGCUAACACCUCAAUCAUUCACGAUAUGCCUCCAUUGACACCAAUUCGUGACGCCUCUUUCAGCACUCACUCACUUUUCGUCCUUUCUUACAGGGACUUUUCCGACUCAAAACUCGCCACUUUAAUCGCUCAAUCGGAAACUUGCGAACAAAAGCUCAAGUACGAUUGCAAUGGAGCUCCAUUGAAUUUCGCACAAAAUCACACAUGGUUUCACUCGGCUUUUCACAAUCGAACCGUUCAUCACUUUGGUCAAAAUGCUGCACCCCGUUGCGAUUCGCGAAGUCCAACAAGUGAUGAGGGAAUUUUACGAGAUUUUGAUGCAGGAGUAACUCGAGUUGUCGCUUUGCACACGUCAGGCGACAUCGACGGUCGUUUGUCUCUAGGCGAGCUGCAGUGUCGGGGAUUCGCAAAAUCUGGUGGAGUUCUUUUCAAAGCCUCGGCCACGUUGCCCACUGUGAAAUGGGAAGCCACGCAUUUCUCGUUUCAUUUCCGCACGGCUCAAGAAGACGCAAUUCUGGUGACACUAAUUGCCGAGCCACGGAAUCGCAUUGAAGUCCGUUUAGAGCGGGGUCGUUUCAUCGUUCUCUUAUGGAAAAGCAAAGAUGUCGAGUUGAAAGUAGUCGUCGAGACACAGCACCAAUUGAAUGACACCGAUUGGCACAUGUUGCGAGUGGAGGCAGCAAAUGAGGAGCUGCUGCUAUCAGUGGAUGGAGUGCACGGGGUGAUGGAUCGAGUCAGUCAAUCCUCGCUACCCAAAGCAAUCUUGUAUCUAGGCUCAGAGCAUGGCGGUCUCGAGGGAUGCAUUCGAUCACUUUCCAUCGACAAUCAGCCACUCGAUUUGAAAGAUUUUCUUAAAAAAGGACAAGGUGUUCUUCAAGGUUGUACCGAUCACUGUACCACCAAUAGUUGCCAAAAUGAAGCCAAAUGUAUCGAAGAUUUCGGAAAUCAAAGAGCAAAAUGCAUUUGCAAGUAUCCCCAUAUCCACAGCGGGAGCACCUGUGAGAUGAAUCUCAAUCACGCUUCCGAUGUCUCUUUUCACGGUGGUUUUCUUCGGUACAGUCAAUUCGCCGGAAAUCCUUUACUUGACCAGAUCGUUCUCUCCGCUCGAACCGAUCAACCACACGCGUUACUCUUCUUCGCUCACGAUCAUCACUUCAAUUUUGUUCAAAUUCACAUCUCAGAAGAAAUCAACGUUACACUGACACUAAACAACCGAGAUAAUGUUUAUUCUUGUACUGUUACGGCUCGACCUCGUCACGAGUUCAGCGACAUGAAAUGGAUUCAAAUCGUCGUCUCGCAUUACGACACAAGCAGUACGCUCACUAUUGACGCUGAUUCGUGCUCAAUUCCAGCUGAAAGGGUUCUCUCAUCCGUGGUCGUCAAUCAAUUCCAUCUUACUAAAACGGAAAUUGACCUAGUCGAAGUGCCGGUUGGUCUCUACGCUCCGAGCAAUCCGGAGCCUCUCCUUUACGUUUUUGUUGGUGGCAUCGAACGCGAUACGCAUUCGCAGAGAAACGAGAAACGUCUUGCACCCGUCUACCAGUCGAGUAUUCCGGAUUUGCUCGGCUGUUUGCGUGGGCUGCGAAUCGGUGAGACGAUUGUCAACUUGCGUGACACAAAAUUCGGCUACAGACCUGAGGAUUCAAAUCUUAUUCGAAAUGGUUGCGAGUUUGGUUGCUCGUCGCUUUCUUGUGAACACGGUGGCCAUUGUGCGGUUGGAUGGAGAAACUAUGAUCCGACAAUCAUCCAGAAAACGAGUUGCGAUUGCACGAGGACAAGCUAUGGAGGACCGACUUGUGGAUUUGAUGACGGUAUUCGUUUUGAUGGACAUUCGGUUUUCGAAUUUGCUGUUGGUGAAAUUCUCAAAACGGUGAUCGUUGAGGGAGAGACGAAAUUCCCGCAAUUGCUCAAGUUCUCGUUCUCAGCCCGCGUCUCUGCUCAUUCAGCUCGCCAACAUUUGGCCACAAUUCGCUUUAAAGAGCCAAAUGAGAAAACACGUUUCGAGUUGAUUUUAAAUCGAAAUGGGACAAUCAACGCCGGAGCAAUUAUGGCAAGGGGAACACAGGUUCUGAACUUUGCCGGCAAUUUCACCGAUGGUUACCGGCAUUUUAUCGUCGUUCAAUUCUCGAAGAAGUACGCAACGACAGUCAUGAUUGAUUCUCUGCGAAAAGACUUCGAUCCAGAGUUUGAUCAAAAUUUCGACCUCUACGCAGCCGAAUUGAUUGAAAUCGGCGGUGUGCCAGAGGGGAUCCCAGCGCCACAAAAUCGACGGAGACGUCAAUCGGAGACAGGAACAAGGCUUUCCUCGAACUAUGAGGGAUGCAUCAGUAACCUGAUCGUCGACUAUCAGCGAUCUCGUCUCACUUUUGAGCCUUUCUCGCUAUUGGAAAAUUCGGCUCAUUCGCACUCGAACAAGGUCCGUAUGAUGCCAAAUGUGAAAGCCGAUCGAGUGAGAUGCGCAAAAUUCGAGGAACCUGACGCGUUGCCGAGCUACCAGAAUACGGUUGAGUUCCCGAAUUGGGAGACGAAUUUCGCACGCCGCGACUACACCGGGCAUACAUCGCUCGACGAGGCACAGAGCGAUGAUCAAGAGCCGAAUUGGUGGUUGAUCGGUUUGCUGAUCGCCGUUUCAUUGAUUCUCAUCAUUCUCAUCGUGCUUUGCCUUUGGUGUUGUUGUUGUCGGAAAGGCGAGACCUUAAAUGGCAAAAAACCUGAGGAAACAAUGCCACUGCGCUCCAAUUCAUUCGAUCACACUUUCCCAGGAUAUCAACAACCUAAUCACAAAGCAAAGAACAACUUCGAUAUCCCAGCACCAGAUCACGAAUUCGAUGAAAAGAGAUUUGCCUCUGCGACGGGCACCACAUUGUCUGGCUAUUUCACGGCUCAGGAAACCCCCUCAUGGGCGGGUAGCUACGAUGAUGACUUCGACAAGACGCUGACUGAGGGAAUGGACGAAGGAGAAGUGCCGCAUGCACAACAUGGAGAAGAGCUCCCGCAAAUACAGCUGCAACACACGAGCAAUGAGACAACUCCCCGCAAUCUGCCGGGUCGUCAGGGUUCAUUCCGUAACAAUCGUCAAUCUCCGUCGUCUCCUCUCUUCUCAGCUCCUCCUCCUCCAUCGCGGAGUCCCGUGCCCGUGGCGCCUCCAACUCUUUCGCCAACAAAUCUCGCAAAAUUG